CACAAACCCAUAAAUCAAUCCGGCCCAUGAAGAAAUACAUUAUAACCCUAACACAAUACCACUCAGCCAAACCCUUGAAGCAGCAGUCGCCGUCGGGGGGAGGGAGGAGCAGAGCAAACGCCGUAUUGACGUCGAGCAACAAUGGUGCAUGUCUCCUUCUACCGCAACUAUGGAAAAACUUUCAAGAAGCCUCGUCGUCCCUACGAAAAGGAACGACUAGACGCAGAGCUGAAAUUGGUCGGAGAAUACGGUCUCCGAUGCAAAAGAGAGCUCUGGAGGGUGCAAUAUGCACUCAGCAGAAUCCGUAAUGCUGCAAGAAUGCUUCUAACUCUUGAGGAGAAAGAUCCACGAAGAAUCUUCGAAGGUGAAGCUCUCAUGAGGAGGAUGAACAGGUAUGGUUUGCUGGAUGAGAGCCAAAACAAGCUCGAUUACGUUCUUGCCCUCACUGUUGAAAACUUCCUUGAACGUCGUCUCCAAACACUCGUCUUCAAAACUGGAAUGGCCAAAAGCAUACAUCAUGCUAGAGUCCUCAUCAAACAAAGGCACAUCAGAGUUGGAAGGCAAGUUGUGAAUGUUCCAUCGUUCAUGGUGAGGGUGGAUUCACAGAAGCACAUUGAUUUCUCACUCACGAGUCCAUUUGGAGGUGGGAGACCUGGUAGAGUUAAGCGAAAGAACCAGAAAGCAGCUGCAAAGAAGGCUUCUGGUGGUGAUGCUGAUGAAGAUGAUGAAGAAUGA